GUGCUGUACAGGUGGAACAGGCAGAGCAGCACGUCUGUCAUCGAGACCAACAGCACCUCGGUGGAGCUGUCCCUGCCUCUGGACGAGGACUACAUCAUCCAGAUCAAGCCCUUCAGCGACGGGGGCGACGGCAGCAGCAGCGAGCAGAUCCGCAUCCCCAAGAUCUCCAAUGCCUACGCCAGGGGAUCUGGCUCAUCCACCUCCAGCGCCUGCACGCUCUCGGCCAUCAGCACGAUAAUGAUCUCGCUCACAGCUCGCUCCAGUUUAUGACAACAGUUCCACAGAGAGGACUUCUUGUUGAUAACCUAAGCAACAUUUAGCUAGUUGUUUUUGAAGACACCCAGUACUAAGUAAUAUUGUGGUUUGAGUACAUCUUACUACUGGAAAAAAAAAUGUUUAUGCUUCUUUAGGAAUGGCAUUAUACAGUACUUCCUCAAAGCAAAUAUAGCUUUGUCUGAAGUUUCCUUGGAAACUCUGCAAUGCACUGAAAACAUCUGUAAUAUGAUGUUACCAAAGCAGUUUACAUAUGUCCUUAUAUGCAUAUUUUUUAUUAUAUAUUUAGUGUUUUAUAGAAUUUUUUAAAGUUAACAUAUGAUGUAGAUAUUGAUUUUUUUUUUCCUCUGCUAUAAAAUGCUCCGGGCGACAUCCUCAUGAAAAUAUCGUUUGGGAUUUUUUCCUUUCUGAUGGGAGAGUUUGAAGUUGUUCUUGGGAAAGGGGCUGGAGCUUCACCCUGCUGCACGAGGCUGAGCUGCUCCAGAUGGGGU